AUUCCAUUCUGACUAUCGCUAUAUUAAUGGGCACAUGUGGAACGAAAGAUCAAAGCACAUCGAUUUAGACUUUGGACCAAAAGCUGAUGUAUCCAUCCUGCAAGUUGAACGAACAGCAGUUCCCUUUACUCUCUCUCUUCUAGUCUUGUGGUUGGCUUUGGUUUCAAGCGCUCUCCCUCCCUCUCUCCCUCUCUCUCUCUCUCUCUCUGUGAGUUGGGUUGCCCUGACCACCUCUUUUUUCACUGCUACAACUUUGCUUGCUUGAAGGCUGUGAAAAAAGGCUUGCAAUCACAAUGGUGACUGGAAGAGUAGAUCUUCGGUCUGACACGGUGACCAAACCUAGUGAAGCAAUGCGGGCUGCAAUGGCUAAUGCUGAAGUCGAUGAUGAUGUAUAUGGUUGUGACCCAACUGCCCUCCGCCUUGAAACAGAGAUGGCAAGGCUCACAGGCAAGGAAGCUGCUGUUUUCGUGCCUUCGGGCACCAUGGGUAACCUUAUUAGUGUGCUUGUUCAUUGUGAGAUCAGGGGUAGCGAAGUAAUUCUUGGAGACAAAUCCCAUAUUCACAUAUAUGAGAAUGGAGGCAUUUCAACAAUCGGAGGUGUACACCCCAGGACAGUGAAGAAUAACGAAGACGGAACAAUGGAUAUUGAUCUCAUUGAAGCGGCCAUCAGGGACCCUAGAUUGGAUAUUAUUUACCCGGUUACCAGGCUUAUCUGCUUGGAAAAUACACAUGGGAGCUGUGGAGGUAAAUGCCUAUCUGUAGAGUAUACAGAUAAAGUUGGGGACCUAGCAAAGAAGCACGGCCUGAAGCUUCACAUCGAUGGUGCCCGUAUAUUUAAUGCAUCAGUUGCACUUGGAGUUCCUGUUCAUAGGCUUGUGCAGGCUGCUGAUUCAGUUUCGGUAUGUUUAUCAAAAGGUUUAGGUGCUCCAGUUGGAAGUGUCAUUGUUGGUUCAAAAGCUUUUAUUGCUAGGGCAAGGACUCUCAGAAAGACCUUAGGUGGUGGGAUGAGACAAGUUGGUGUCGUAUGUGCUGCUGCCUUGGUUGCAGUGCAACAUAAUGUUGGAAAGCUCGAGGGUGAUCACAAGAAGGCCAAGUCUUUAGCAAAAGGACUGAAUGAAAUCAAAGGACUUAAGGUGGAUGUUUCUUCGGUGGAGACCAACAUAAUAUUUUUUGAUAUUCUAGAGGGUGCAAAUAUCACAGCGCCAAAACUCUGUAAGAAUUUGGAAGAACAUGGAAUACUUGUCUUCCCAGAGAGCUCAUCUACGAUCAGGUUUGUCCUUCACUACCAAAUUUCAGAAACCGACGUGCAAUACACCUUGUCCUGCAUUCGGAAAGCUGUAAUGGGAGUCCCAGAUGAAAAUGGUGGCAUCGCUGGCAAGUGAGAUAAAUAACCAUAUCACAUCGUUUCCGUCUACUGGCUGUCAUUCAAGUUCUAGUGACGUUCUACGUUACAUGGGUGAAGCUCUGCGACGACCUUCUAUAGUCAAAUAACGGGUUAUUUUCCGAUAUCUAUCUAAAAGUUGAGCAUGCUUAACGGGAAACAUCGUUCAAAACUUUUUCGUACCGUUAGUGUACGAUAUCUUUAGGAAGUAUGCCGUAUAUAAUCUUGAAACAGCUUCGGAUUACGAAAACCUAUUGAAUUUGUACCCCUCAUGCGGGUGAAAUGCCAAAAUUAUUUUCUUCCA